AUGGUCAUAGAGUGGCACGGACAAGCAGAGCGGCGCUUCCGGCCCCGCCACAUUUGCUCCCGGAGCUGCCGCGUACGCAGUUUCCAUGGGGACUGAACAUGGCGCCGCGAGGUGAGACUCCGGAGAUAAAAGGUUGUCCUCAACACCUCUGGAAGUCCUGUUCUUUCUGAAUGGGUGGUACUAUGCGACCUAUUUCCUUCUGGAGCUCCUUAUUUUCCUGUAUAAAGCAGGUCUCUUGCUGCCAUACCCAACAGCCAACCUAGUUCUGGAUGUGGUGAUGCUGUUCCUUUAUCUUGGCAUUGAAGUAAUAAGACUGUUUUUUGGUACAAAGGGAAACCUCUGCCAGCGAAAGAUGCCCCUUGGCAUUAGUGUGGCCUUGACCUUCCCGUCUGCCAUGAUGGCUUCCUAUUACCUGCUGCUGCAGACCUAUGUGCUUCGCCUGGAAGCUAUCAUGAACAGCAUCUUGCUCUUCUUUUGUGGCUCAGAGCUGCUGCUUGAGAUGCUCACAUUGGCCACCUUUUCCAGUAUGGACAGGAUCUGAAGUACAAGAAUUCCAACUGGUACCCAUCAGGGUGACAACACAUAUCCUUCUGGUACUUCAGCCACACUUGUGAAAAGGGGUAGGUCAAGUUGGCCUGGGAAAGGUCUGGUGUGGUUUUUCCUCAGCACAGACAUUUGGGCCUUGAGCACCUACCUGAGGUCAGUGGCAUCGUCUUUAAACCAGGAUCAUCAGCAGGAGACACUGACAUUUUGUGUUAGGGAAGGGCAAGGCUGUCCCCAUCAUGGUCUAACAGCUUCCUACUGAUCUCAAGUUUUCUUCCUUGGUCAUCAUGGCCAGAGUUCCUUGUGUGGACCAUCUAGGCUUGCUGGGCUUCCAGUAGGACCUGAGCCACAGCACCCUGUACAUGUACCACAUCUGUCCUACAUGAGCAUGAAAAGUCAUGAUGAUGGGCUCCUGGGCUGAUUCAAAUACCCUCCACCCUCCAUGCUCAGAGAUGGAGAUCCAGAACCCCCUUUUAGUAGUUCAUAGUAUUUUUCUAUUAUUGAUCAUGAAGAAAACAUGGUUUUAUAAUAAAAAUUAUUUUCUCA